AUGGCAGAGGACGUGCCUCAGCAGUACAACAUCAUCCGCUUUAGCCAGUCUCCUUUGAAGGACGGCAACGGCCACCAGUCGCACUGCGAAAAGGUGGUGUACUUCAAAGGCUACGACAAGGUCGCCUUUGUGGAGCAGGGUAGCAAGUCCCUGAAGAUGUGCACUCCUGACAUGCAGCCGUACCUUGAGAUCAAGGACUUCACACAGACCCCCCUUUGCGCGGAGUACAUUGACAAGUACAGCUAUGUGGCGGUUUCCUGCUCUGACCUGACGCUCUCCUUUUUCGACGCCGACAACGGCUUGAAGUUGGCCAGACGCAUCGAGACCAAGACGGCGCAGCUGGUGCUGUGCUGGAGCGAGGUGGCUCAGGUGCUUUUCAGUGCGGAUCAUGAGGGGAGGAUCUUGGCCUGGGACCUGACCCUGGUCAAGUCUGGCAUGAACAAAGUCUAUGAGAGCGGCGGAGGGGACCCCUGGCGCGACUUUGUCAAGGCGGUCCGGCGCAGGGAUUUCUCCUUGUCAUGUUUCAUCACGAGGCUGGAGGAGCUGCUGGCGCCCGAGCUACGGCAAGCGCUGCGACAGAAAGAUCCCAAGGCGGCGAUCCGAGGCCUCGCGGCGCGGCAGCUGAGCGACGCCUUUGCCCUGCCGCUGCUCUCCGCGGACUUCUGCGCCCAGCUGCUGGCGGCCGCCCGGGGCGCGCGUGAGGAGGCGGAGAAGAGGCAGCAGGUGACACCAGGCCUUUUGUUGAGCGCAAGAUGGUACCUGAACAAGAUUGACGGCAGCUUCACAGACCUCUUUGAUAGGCUGUUGACAGACGUGCUGCGCAUCGUCGACGAAGCCUUGUUUGCGGAGUCUCAUCCCAUUGCAUACCAUCAAGCUUAUUGCAUCAAUUACGAGGAGGGCCGGGACGUGUCCUUGAAGGCCCACACAGAUGACUCGGACUUGACAGUGAAUGUGUUCCUGGGCCAUCCAGGAUUCUCGGGCUCUGAGCUGAUGCUUUUGGAGCCCUCGGACCGCGAUGUCGCCUGCGGGACGCCCCGUUGGAAGGACCCCACCUACGAGGGCCGUAGUGUGGCGUUCCGCCACGAGACGGUGGGCACCGCAGUUCUGCACCCCGGGGAUCGGUGGCAUGCCGUCGAGCCCCUGACCUCGGGGAGCCGCUGGAACCUGAUCAUCAUGGCCAUGCGGAAUGACAAGGAGUGGAAGCGGACCUUCUACGAGGAAACAGCGUCGCAUCUGGCCGAGAAGGCUUCAUGGCUCGCGGCCGGCUCUUGA